GCGCUAAAGUCAGGAGAGGAGCGUCUGAAAGAGAUGGAGGCGGAGAUGGCUCUUUUUGAGCAGGAGGUUCUUGGUGGUCCAGUACCAGUAUCAGGAAGCCCACCUGUUAUAGAGGCAGUCCCUGUAGCCCUGGCUGUCCCAACGGUUCCAGUAGUGAGACCCAUCAUAGGCACCAACACCUACAGACAGGUCCAGCAGACAUUAGAGGCCAGAGCUGCUAGUUUUGUUGGUCCUCCUCCACCGGCCUUUGUGGGACCAGGUGAGCAUAAACUCCUGACACCUGUACACUAACAAGGGUUUGGCACUAAUAUCACACAAACAGUUAUGAUCUUGGUGUCUUUGUUGAUCAUAGUCAUUAAACAUUCGCAGUGC